AUUCUAUGCUAAAUAUGGUCUACCAUGACAGCCUUAACUUUGUUGCAGAUGUCAACCAUUUAUAAAGGGUUGUUAAUUUGGAUAAGGUCUAUGGGUACAUUUUUGUUCCUUUUCACUGAAAUGGCAGCGAGUGGUGAAUGCAUGUCAUUGGUUUUAUCCAAUUGAGGAUUUUAUGUAACCAUAUAUCAAUAGUUGUGCUUUAUAAAUAUAUAUCUUAAUAUGUAAAGCAAUCAAAUAUUAUAUCUACAAAAUGUUCAUGCUGAAGUAGCAUUCAUAAUUAUCUUUUAUUUCGCUGCCCAAAAUUUAUUAUUAAUUAACCAAUAAGAACUAUAUAUAAGUGUCGUUAGAUGCAUGCUCUUUUCGGCGUUUUUGCAUCACUAAUUACCAAACGGAGCGUAUUUGCAUCACUUUAAUAACAAAAAGGACCGUUUUUGCAUCACUUAAAUAACAAAAAUGCAGCGUUCAUGCAUCAUUUUAAUAACAAAAAGCAGCGUUCUCGUAUCAUAUUAAUAACAAAAGCAGCGUUCUUGCAUCACUUUAAUAACAAAAAGCAGCGUUCUCGCAUCACUUAAAUAACAAGAAGCAAGCGCUUCUGUGUAAUUUCAGAUCUUGCUAAAGGAGAUGAGGGAAUCUCUCAACAUUUGUACCAAAAUGCUUGAUAAGCUCGACAAAAGCACGUCCAACAAACUAGGUCACGUUAAACAGAUGCUCGAGUCGUUGACCUCAGACCGUACGGACGACCGUGUGAUUAGAGAAGGUAUUGAACGCAUGCGCCAGCAUGUCAUAGACCGGAAGAGAAUUGUGCGAGUUGCAGACGAACUACCAUGGGCUAUACGUGUCGCUAUUUAUAGACUGGUGAAUAAAUUCGAUCAUCUUACUUGGCAAGAAUUUGUCGAGGUUGUCGGGGUUAACGAAUCUACAAUACAGUCUCGUGGCAGGAAAAAAGAUGCAGACGACAUUGAGCAUUCGGAUAUCCUUGACAAAGAUAUGUGCGCCAAAAUUCUUGCUCAGUGGAUAACACAGUCGGAGGAAAACGAUGCUGACAAAUUGAUGAACAUUAUACAAGAAUUUGAUGCUCAAAUAUCGAAAGAAAUGACUGAAACGUUUCAAAAGAAAACAGUCGGUCAGUCACUUUUACCAACAUUUGUUGAACAAAAUCAACGGUCUUCCAAGGCAUACUCUGAAACUUCCGCCGGGAGCAAUCAAUCUUCGGGCAUGCGCAGAGUAGCGAGUCAACAGCUUCCGGAUCACCGAUCACAGUUUGAACAUCAGCUGGAAGCAUGGAAGUUACAAGUGGAGAUGAACGAAAAACUUGACAAGAUGUGGAAUUUAAUGGUAGAAGACAGAAACUCGGGGAAGAGGAAAGAUCUGAAAACGAGGCAGGAGGAUACGACCUAUACGAAAAUGAUUACGGAAGGACAAUUUGUAUAAUCAUUUACAAAUUUGUGUGUAUCAUAAUGUACAAGUUGAGUUUAUGGGGAGGGGGAGGGGGUAAAAAUGAGUUUAAAUGUUUAAAACAUUUUAGAAUACAUAUUAUUUCGAGACGGCUAAGAGAGAAACUUUGCUGGAAUGAAAAGAAUAUUGUUUUUGCACAAAUACUUAAUGAUUUUUUGUGCGUUUGUUAUGUUGCUAUUGUUCCUGCUUGUUUUUAUACGGCAGUGCCUAAAAUGAACAGUUCCUGCACUGUAACUGAAGUGCACUUAUAACACAAGACAGUUAAAGUUUCCUUUUAUAUACUCGUAUUUUUGUCUGUAUCAAACAAUGUCUCAAAUCAUUAUUCAUGUCUUAUAUGUUUUUUUUUAUUGUUUGUUUUUCCAUUUUAUUUUUGACAAUUUCUUUAUUUCUUUAACUUCUAACGUUAUAAAUCUAUCUUUACAUAAUCAUAAUACAUCAGUGCAAUCUUUCAUGUUAAAGCCUUUCUUUCUGACUCACCUGUCCGUCCUUUAGCAAACAUUUUCUCAAAAUGUAGGUUCAACAUUUCAUUUAAAUAUAUUGAUAUUGUAUGUUCUCAAUGUAUCAUAUCCUCCCUUAGUUUACAUUCUGUACAAGAUCUUCAAUUGUAAUCUUCAUUUAAGUAUGGUGUUUUGUUUGGUUUUUAGAUACAACGACAUUAACUUUAAUAAGCUGAGAUUAUCAGCUGGACGAAAAAGGUUUGCCAUUUCAAGUUCAUUUUUAUUGUCUCAAACAUUUGUCAUAACGGUAUAUUUAUUAUACUGGUGCUCAUUAUGGUUUCUAUGUAAUAUGCCUAUUUAAUAUAUUUUUCUACUUGUUAAAGUCAUGCCAACUUUUGUGUCAUUAUCAUGAUAGAAUAUUUUGUUAUUUUGUUUUUGUUUUGUUUUCUCUUGGUGAUACUUAAUCGGAGAUAAAUAUUUAAUAAAAUACAUGUAUCAUACAUAGACUUGUUCUAAAAAAUAACCCUUUACAUUUAUAACCUUCCACAGCAAAUACUG